AUGGCGUCUCCAGCUACCAACAACGGCCCGUCCGAGAGCUCGCCGCUUCUGGACAACCCGCCCGACGGCCACACUGCCAAUGGUGAUGUCGAGGAGGGCCGCUUCCGCCGGGGCUACAGGUCAGUGACAUCUACCUGGACGGCGCUUGGUAUCCAGCGGAUCGCGAUCGUCAUUCUCAUUAUCGCCCUUGUUCUGGUGGCGACGAUUCUGUCUCGACGCCACGACAAAGGCGCGGCCACGGGCCUUUGCCUCACCCCGGCUUGCAUCCACGCCGCCGACGGCUACCUGACCAACUUGUCGCCCAACUACAAGAACAUGGACCCGUGCGACGACUUUGAGGAGUUUGUCUGUGGUGGCUGGCGUGGCGCGCACGACAUGCGGGCCGACCAGGGCAUGACGGACGCGCUGGGCCUCAUCAACGACGGCGUGACGUCCACCAUCCGCAACAUUCUGGAGGGCAGCUAUCCUGACACCUCUAGCCACUCGACCUUCUCGCCCAGCAACCUCAACGCUGCUGUGAGCUCGACCGACCGCAAGAAUUUCGAAGAGCUCAAGGCGGCAUACGAUGCGUGCAUGGAUGUGGACGCCAUCACGAAGCAGGGCAUCCAGCCGAUCGUCGCCCUCAUCGACGAGCUGGCCAAGACGUUUGGCAGCUCGUCGACGUCCCCCGUCGACUACAGCGACUCCGUUCUCUUCCUCAAGAAGCGUGGCAUCAACUCGUUUUUCAGCUUCUAUGUUAGCGACGACGACAAGGAUCCAGAGACGCAGAUCAUUGGCGUGAGCCCCGUUCGCUCCUUUGGACUGCCCUCGAAGCAGUACUUUGAAGACAAGGAUGUCGUGGACCAGUACCUGGGCGCCAUGACGAAAGUGCUGGGCGCUAUCAAGCCGAGCGUGGCCAAGAUUGGCCCUGCAGACAAGGCGGCCAAGGCCCUCGUGGCGUUCGAGUCGCGCCUGUCGCAGGCUGCCCCCGACAAGGAGGACAUGGACGAUGUGACGAAAACCUACAACCUCCUGUCGGUCAAGGACACGUCCAAGCUGCUUCCGAACUUUGGCUUCGAAAAGGCCUUGAAAGAGCUCGUGCCGACUGACUACACCCUGAACAUGACGGUCACGGCGUUCCCCGAGGUGCUGGCCAACGUGUCGCAGAUUGUGGCCGAGACGCCGGCGGAGGUCGUGCAGAACUUCUUGUACUGGCGCCUGAUUGUGUACUACAGCAGCGCAGUGUUGGGCCCCGAGAUACGGCCGUGGCGGCAGUUCCAGAACGUCCUGCAGGGAAAGGACGCCGACGCCGACCCCGAGCGCUGGCGGACUUGCGUCAGCCAUGCCGGCGGAACGCUGGGCUGGAUCCUGAGCCGCUUCUUCGUGGAGGCGUCGUUCUCGGCCGCGGCCAAGGGCUUUGGCAACCGCAUCAUCUCGGACAUCAAGGCGGCGUACCUCCAGAACUUUGACAGCCUCGCAUGGAUGGACGACGAGACGCGCAAAGUGGCGGCGGAGAAGGUGCACAACAUUGACCAAAAGGUCGGCUACCCGGCGGCGUCGCCCAACAUCAUGGACCCCGAGGACCUCAAGACGUACUACGAGGCGGUGCAGAUUGGUGAUUCGUUCUUUGGCAACAUCCUGUCGUCGGACGACUUUGACAACCAGCGCAUGUGGGCGACGCUGGGCAAGCCGACGGACAUGAACGAGUGGGGCAUGCUUGCGUCGACGGUCAAUGCGUACUACAACCCGCCGCACAACGAGAUUGUGUUCCCCGCAGGCAUUAUGCAGUUCCCGCUGUUCAGCGUCGACCUGCCGAGCUACGUGAGCUACGGCGCGUUUGGCGCGGUGGCGGGCCACGAGCUGUCGCACGCGUUUGACAACAACGGGCGGCACUACGACCUGCACGGCCGCUACAACAACUGGUGGACGAACGCGACGAUUGACGCGUUUACGGACAAGGCGCAGUGCAUCGUGGACGAGUUCAACAACUUUACCGUAAUUGGCAAGGACGGCCCCAUCCACAUCAAGGGCCGCCAGACGCUGGGCGAGAACAUUGCCGACUCGGGCGGCCUGACGGCGGCGCGCCUCGCGUGGGACAUGCGGCGGGCGGCCGCCAAGCGAGACGGCACGGCCACGAGCGGCGUGGACGGCCUGUCGCUGCCCGGGCUGGACGCCUUUACGCACGAGCAGCUGUUUUACAUUUCGUACGGCAACGCGUGGUGCUCCAAGUUCCGGCCGGCGAUGCUGACGAACCGUGUGACGACGGACGAGCACUCGCCAGACCCGAUCCGGAUCAAGGGCACGCUGCUCAACUCGCGCGGGUUCCGCGAGGCCUUCCAGUGCCCGGUGAAGGAGCCGACGUGCGAGCUGUGGUAG